AUGUCCCCCCGCGUGAUGGCCGUGCUGCUGGUGGUUGGAGGGGCCUGUCUCCUCAGACCAGGGCUGAGCUGUCCGUCUGGCUGUCGUUGCUAUAGUCUCACGGUAGAAUGUGGGUCCAUCGGGAUCAAAGAAAUCCCACAAGGCGUCCCCACAGUCACCGAGACUAUUUUCCUUCAAGACAACGCGAUAACACAGAUUCGGCUGCAGGACAUGUCCCGUCUGGGCCAGCUGCAUUACCUCUAUCUCCAGAACAACAGUAUCUCUGCACUGGAGCCUGGGGCCUUCUCCAGCCUGGGACAGCUGUUGGAAUUGGCCCUGAAUGGCAACCUCAUCCACCUGGUCAGCCCUGAUAUGUUCCGCGGUUUGGAGCACCUCAGGAUCCUUUACCUCGCUGGGAACCAGAUCACCCGAGUGCAAGACUACACCUUCAGGGGUCUGCAGCGUUUGCAGGAGCUUCACCUGCAAGAGAACAGCAUAGAGCUGCUGGCAGAGCGGGCCCUCAUGGGUCUGUCGUCCCUGGCUCUUCUGGACCUCAGCAGAAAUCAUCUCCGUACACUGGGCUCCUCCUCCCUCACUCCUCUAGUCAGCCUUCAGGUGCUCCGUGUUACAGAGAACCCAUGGCGCUGUGACUGUGCGCUGGGAUGGCUACGCACUUGGAUCAGCGAAGACGGCCAGCGGCUGCUCAGCUCGGCCGAACAGCGUCGCCUCAUGUGCUCAGAGCCGCCGCGCCUUUCCCACCUCAGUCUAGUGGAAGUCGCCCCCAACAGCCUUGUCUGCAUACCCCCUGUGGUCCAACUCGAGCCCAGCCACCUGACCGUCCGCCUGGGGGAGAGUCUCCGUGUGUCCUGCCAAGCUUCCGGAUACCCCCAACCGCUAGUUACCUGGAAGAAAGCAUCCCACGGUAAGGCGCAGUUGUCACCACGAGGUCUUGUCCAGGAAAUCGGACCAAACGGAGACUUCUUCAAACCCGGGACUGGUGGAGUUGUGACCGCUUUACCCAGUAGCAGUAAAGUCAAACCUGAAGUUUUGGACAUCAGCCAGGAGCCUCUUUAUGAACAGGACAGCAUGGACUUUAACGCAUUAGGCCCAGCGACGCAAACGGCCAUAGCUGUUGGUAUCUCCUUACUGGCUCUCACCGCGGUUCUCCUUCUGAUCAUGAUUUACAGUCGCCAUCAGCAGUUCCGCAAAGAAGAAGGUGCGAGUUGUUGCUCAGGCAAAGAGGAAGGAAUCCUGUACAUGCACGAUUAUUCAGAAGGUCCUUCCAGCUUUGCACAGUUGGAGGAAUAUCGCGAUGAUGACGGACACGAGAUGUACGUUUUCAACCGUUCAAAGUCAAGUCAAGGGACGGGGCAGUCGAAGUGUCACAUGGUGAGUGGGUUUGUCCAGCAGAAAGGCAUAAAAGAGGUGCUGCUGGAUCACGAGGUGGUUCAGACGCUUAGCAGGUCUGGAGGCAUGGGGCUGAGGAGAAACCCGGGUGAUGGCGGAGAAGGACCCUUAACCACAGACCCAGAGGAGCUGUUCCUUAGUCAGAGCCUGCUGUUUGGAUCGCAGGUGGCGUAUGAGAUCCACUGCUAG